GGUUAUCAAACAUGGCUGAUGCAGCAGCAGCACGUCGUGAGGCACGCAGAAAAAGAAUUUUAGAAAAUUCUCACAAUAGAUUGCAGCUUAUAUCAGGAAAAAUUAAUGAUGAUUGUUGCAAAGAUUCUCUUCGAACUCCUAUGCCUGAUCAAAAUGUUGACGUACCCCUUAUAACAGAGGUUAAUACAGUUAAUACGUGUUAUGCAAAUAAUGGAGUGGCAGUUCGUAAUUUGGAGACAUUUACAAGUGAAAAUGCAGAUGUACUCAAUGACUUGACAUCUUUUCUACCACCAACACCCGAACAUUCACCAUCACAAGACUCAUCCUUAAUCGGUAAACUAGUCGAUAAUAAAUAUGACAUAGUUCUAUUAUCAUUAGUCAUACAAAUACUUGAUGGACUGUCUAUUUUCAAAGUAGAACAGUCAUAUUAUUUUCUACCAUUAGCCUUAUAUGUUGUCACUAAGUUAUUCUUUUUUCCCAAGGAAAGUAAUUCCAGCAUUGCUAACACUCUUUUACAAAUGCAAGGAAUUUCAGCACAGAAUGUAAAAGUGAUAUUAAAUGUAAUGCAAUUGUUUAUGGUAAUUUCAAGAGAUGUUUGUGUGUUUUUGUUUACAACUAUAUGUGUACAAUCACUUCACACCAUGUUAAUAGAUGUAACCACAUAGUGUACAGUGUAAUAUCAAAUUUAAUAUCAGGAAGAGAUCCAUUUUACAAACAGCUCUUUUUUGUUUAUGUUUUGGGGCACUAGGGAUGGUUUGGAACAGUAAUUAUGAUGGCUUGUGCCUUUGAAGAGAGAAUUUGUGACAGGAGUGUUUACUGUAGUCACAUUGCCAUUUUAGUUUUAAUAUAGUGGAUUCAAUUUUUGUUGAACAGGGAACCGGUUAUUACUAUAGUGUAUGUUAAAUAAAGUCAAAUUGUAUUCAGAUAAACUUCCUCUAUUAUUAAUAUGUUAAAUCAGUCAAACCUGGAUAGGGGAGUCUACAAAUUUUUUCUCACUUAAGUUUACAUUUUAACCUAAGUUUCUUAGUAUGGUUGUUUUGCAUCAGAACUGGAUAGUGACACUUGCUUGUAGAGGUUUCUAGCUUAUUCUGUUCUCACUUAUUCAGGUUUAACUGUAUUCAGAGACUGUAAUUGAUGCUGUGUUUGUCUCUAAUUCAUUACGACUUCCUGUAGUUUGAUAGCUGGAAUGAUUCUGUACAUUGAGAUCAUUGGAGUGUUAAAUGAGGAUAGUUAGUUUGAUAUAUUGAUGUUUUAAAUUAAUUUGCUAAAAUUCAAUUGUUUUUUGAUAGACAACAUUAAUUCACUUUAUGUGCCAGUUCUUUAUGAUAAAAUUAUA